GUACGUGUCACAGGAUCAUUAUUUACUAUUUACUAUGGUUUAAUUUGCGCAUGCGUCAUUUCAUUCAUUCAUCCAUUCAUGGGUUGUAAGUUCAUGACCUCUGAUGUCAUACGGUGAGUAUGGAAUGCGUAUGGGUGUGUUUGACUGGUUUUUCUAGUCACUGCGCAUGGCUGGCGCGAAUUUUAUUAACCCUUGCAUGAAAUAAUAUUUUUAUCACUUCUUAUGAAAACCCUCGCAGAGACAGACGUUACUAUUGACUUACAUCAAUGUAACCUAUCCAUAUAAAUAGGAAUGUAUAAAUUCUGUCUACAUGGUAAGUUAUUUUAAUUAAACUAUUUUAUAAUCAGUAAAUUAAAUUCUGAAUUAAAUAAUGACAUAAAUUUCAGUUAAAUAUUUAAUGUGUGAAUGAACGGUACGUAAGGUAUUCAUAUUUAUUGUAGACCACCAUUGAUGAUAUAUAUACCAUGCCAUAAUUCCAUUUGAAGAAUCAUUAUUAAAAUAUAUAUACAUAGACUAGUGAGCUGUUUGUGUUUUGGUCUGGAGAUGAACGUAUCUACGUAUUGUGACUUUAAUUAGAAAAGUUCCACCUUAUGACAAUGGCGCCCAACGAUUGGGUCUCCGGCGCAAACGUUCCUAAUAAAUAAUUCUUCGAGGGAUGAUUCGUGGUGGUUAUUGUGAAAGAAGAGUUUUCUGUGUUUUAUAAUUCCAUUGAUUCAUUUGCUUAUUGUGUGAUUCCAUUCACGGGCCUGAGAGUGCACUACUAUACUUGUAAAACCAGUUUACUACGCUUCAACGAAAUUACCGUUAGCUAGAGCGGAGAAAACCAGUUUCCCCGGGAACAUUUUCUUUACUACUGUACUUCCGGAUGUGUGACGUCAUAACCAAGAUGGAUGCGCCCAUGAAUCCUGGACAUUUGACGACUUGUGCACAACUGUGAGAUCUCAAACGCGGUUCGCGGACAUUUAUGAGAUAAACAAUCCAUAUUCAGGUGUUUUGAUACCAUAGAUAUCGAAAUCCCAUUCCGCACCUCGAAUAUGGCUCGACUGUGUUGAACGUUCGGAAAUUUAUGCGAAAUCAAAGAACGGUUUUCCAGGAAAAACACGGUGAGUAGUUCAUGUUUUGUUGUUUUAGAAAAUCUUUUAGUGUACAUAUAUCAGAAUUUCUAAUUCUGAGUGUGGUUAUUUUCACCAUGGCUACCGGUGAGGGUAAAACACCAGAAAACCAUUUAGAUAAGGAAGAAGAGAAUGCUGAUGACAUUCUUGAACACAUUGAAAAGGUCAAUCAAAAUCCUAAUUAUAGGGUAGUGACAAUGGAAGAGUACAAUUUACUUAAAGCUAGUACUCCUAAAGCAGGUCCUGGUAAAGUUACGGAAAACAAAUUUACCUUUAGUACCCCAACGGGUCAGUUUGGGCCUAGAAUUAAAGCUUUUUAUGAUGCUGUGCAUAAGACUAAGCCUAAGACUGAAUUUUUAAGCCCACUCCCUGAAACUCCAAAUCCAGGUAAUCCCAAUGUUUCACUUAUCACCAGUCAACUGAGUGUUCCCAAAUUACCUAUCUUCAGUGGGACAGAUGAACCCCAGAAAGGUGAAGUAAAAUAUGAGGUCUGGAGUUUUGAGGUGAAGUGUUUAAGAAAGAGUGGACAAUAUUCAGAACAUGUGUUGUUAGAAGCAGUUAGAAGGUCUUUAAAAGGUUUAGCUCGUUCAAUGCUUGUUCCUUUAGGUGAAAAUGCAUGUUUGUCUGACAUAAUGCACAAGUUAGAUGGUUUCUUUGGUAAUGUUGCAACCAAUGAAAAUCUUAUGCAAUCCUUUUACAGUGAUUUUCAAAAAGAGAAUGAGUCAAUUGUUAUGUAUGCUUCUCGUAUUGAAGAAACCAUUUGCAAAGCUAUACAGUUUGGGUUCAUAGACGAAAUAGCUAAAGAUGCCAUGUUAAGAAACAAAUUCUGGACAGGUUUAGCUAGUCAGUCGUUGAAAAAUUCAACCAGACAUUUGUAUGACUCUAUUAAAGAUUUUCAAUAUCUUCUUAGGGAAAUCCGAAAAGUGCAGCAGGAGGAAGCUCACGCAAGUACUCGGCAAUCUAAAUCAAAGUCAGCAGCAGUUCAUGCAGAGAGAGCAGAAGUGACAGAGAGUCAAGAAGACAUGAAGAAGGAACUUAGAGUCUUGAUUUCAAAGAUGGAAAGGUUAGAACGUAGCAUUAAUUCUCAGUCAUCCAGUUAUCAAGAUAUGUCUAGAAGAUUGAGUAACUUAGAGACUCAACAAAAUAGAAACACUUCUUCUAACAGUCCACUUAGUCAAUACAAAGAAAACAGAGGUUUUAGUAGGGGUAGAGGCUUUAGUAGAGGUUAUGGUAGAAAUUUUAGAAGCAAUUUUAGAGGUCAGUCUUACCAAAAGCAUCAAGGUCAAGGUGAGUAUAGUAAGAAGGGAGAGAAUGACCCAAAAGGGUAUCCUCUUCCGUUAUAGGGCAAACUGAGGAGGUCAAAGGUCAUAGCCCUGAAACUGAAAAAUUGAUCACUAGAAUGGUUGGACAUGUUAACCAAUGUAAGGUAAAGUUAUGUGACAGAGAAACAGAUGCGUUGGUAGA